UGUCUAUCCAUUACCAGUAAAGUUUUGUAAUAUAUAGUCAGAAAUUGUGCACUUAUGCUAAUGAUAAAUGCAACAAUCGCUUAACUUUAAUGGCGGGAAACAAUUCAAAACUUUUAGGCGCGCUUUUAGUUAUACUUUCCUCUACACUAACAAGCAUGUUUGGUUGCCUACCUAAGAAACGCCAUCAUCAAUCAUAACCAACAAAUUAACCCAAUUGUUUACAAGUAUCCUAACCUAAACAAUGGGCUUAGACUUUGAUAUUUUAGAACAUUGUAAAAAAGUUCGUGCAGACCAUGGGCCCCCUUAUACCUGUCCUAUUGAAAAGUGCGGGAGAACGUACAAAUCUGUUUGUGGAUUGCAAUAUCACCUCAAAAGUUUUGAUCAUGAGAACCCUCAGGCGCAAUUGCCUGUCUUGCCCAGUACCCCUAAAAAUAAAAAAGGAAGGGCACGACCCAAAACACAGCAGACCUCUGUUAUACCCGCACAAGAGCCCUUGUCCUUUGAAGAACAACAGAAAAUGGUUCAAUUUGAAGUGAACGGUCAGCUUAUAAGGGUUAAUAUUAAUGACGAACUAGAUGUCAUCUCCAAUGAUGACCUGGCCCAGGAAGAACUAUCUGCAAAGUGUCAAGAAGUGCAAGAGCCUAUUCUAAAAUUGCCUCAGGCAAAUUUUAAAGAAUUAGACAACUACAACAUAUGUGAUGCCCCUCCCAGGCCUAAGGCUUACAUCAGAUUUAUAGAGAAAAGUGCUGAAGAGCUUGAUGGUGAGGUGGAAUAUGAUGUUGAUGAAGAAGAUACUGCAUGGUUAAGCAUUAUGAAUGAGAAGAGGGAAGCCCAAGGACUUAGUCCAGUAUCAGUGGACUCCUUAGAGCUGUUAAUGGACAGAUUGGAAAAGGAGUCAUAUUUCUUGGCCAAUGUUAAUGGCCAAGCAGGCACAGUAGUCGAUGAUGAUGCAGUUUGUUGUAUCUGCAUGGAUGGUGAAUGUCAAAACACAAACGUAAUACUGUUUUGUGAUAUGUGCAAUUUGGCAGUCCAUCAGGAUUGUUAUGGUGUCCCUUACAUCCCAGAAGGGCAAUGGCUAUGUAGACGGUGCCUGCAGUCCCCUAGUCGGGCCGUGGACUGUGUGCUGUGCCCAAACCAGGGCGGAGCUUUCAAACAGACAGACAGAGGUCAGUGGGCGCAUGUUGUUUGCGCUCUGUGGAUCCCCGAGGUUCGUUUUGCCAACACCGUCUUUCUAGAACCAAUAGACUCUAUAGAAACGAUACCGGCUGCUAGAUGGAGAUUAACCUGUUAUAUUUGCAAACAAAAGAGCGUUGGAGCUUGUAUACAAUGUCACAAGACCAAUUGUUAUUCCGCUUUUCACGUGACGUGCGCGCAGCAGGCGGGUCUUUAUAUGAAGAUGGACACAGUCAAAGACGGUGGUGAUUCCCAGCCUGUUUUAGUACAGAAAACUGCCUACUGCGAUACGCAUGCGCCUAUCGAUAACGGGGAACAAAAAAAAGAGGAUUCUAAGCAGAAAAUGAAACAGGCUCGCAAAAUGUUGGCGAAAAAGAGAGGUUCCGCCCCCGUGAUAUUAAUACCUACGAUUCCACCCGAAAGGAUUCAAGAAAUAGGAUCGUUGGUUACCAUACAGAAGAAAUCUCAGUUUAUACAAAGACUGAUAGCGUAUUGGACGUUGAAGAGACAGUACAGGAACGGAGUGCCACUUUUGAGAAGACUGCAGAGCGCCCACGAGGUGUUGAAAAUCGAAAACGCACCCGCCAACUCAGAUUUGUACGGGGUCGGAGGCCCGAGGGACUCCAACACUUCAAAUGUCGAUAUAAUCGAACUGUGUCGUCAAUUAAAAUACUGGCAAUGUUUGAGACAGGAUCUCGAAAGAGCACGUUUAUUAUGCGAAUUGGUUAGAAAAAGGGAGAAAAUGAAAGUAGAAUAUACGAAGGCCUGUGAGAGAUGUCUCAGCGUCCAGUUGAACCCCCUGCAGGCCAGUUUGAGGAAAGUUUUAGAACUUACUGCAAGUAAGGACACUAAUGAAAUAUUCACUGAACCUGUGGACCUAGAGGAGGUACCAGAUUAUAUGACUGUAGUAUCGGAACCUAUGGAUCUGAGCACAAUGAGAAACAAACUUGAUUCUGGACAGUACCAGGACCUGACUAGCAUGGAAAAAGACUUCGAUUUAAUGAUAGCAAACUGUUUGGCUUAUAACAACAGAGAUACAGUAUUUUACAGGGCUGCUAUAAAGAUGAGAGACCAGUGUGGGGCCAUAUUUCGACAAGCCAGACGAGAUUUAGAACUUGCAGGACUCCUUAAUGAAAGCAAAGACUCCAGUACUCAAAAUUCUCACUUGAAUGAGGAAUCAUUAGCCUCCGAUAUUGACAGGGAGUUGGAAAAUAUACAAGGAAAGACAGGUCUAGAGGUGAUAACAAAAUUGGAAGAAUUGUUAGCAAAGAGUCAAGCUUUAAAACACGGACUUGCUAGAGCCAAGAGGGUCAAGUUGGUCAGAAGUGAACUAAACAAAGCUAAAAAGGCCUUGGCAAACGCAGAAAGCUCCCAAAGUGAUGGCGAAAACGAAAAACCUGACUCCAAAGUUUCAUCUCAAAGCACAAGCAGUUCUCCUACAGGAGUAAACCGAAGGACUGCGGUUCUUUUUACGAAAAAAGCCCAAGCAGCUUUCAAAAAACCCAAUGAGGAAAAGGACGACAAAGACUCUAUAUCAACAAAUUCAAAAAAAAAGAAGGGACGUCCCCGAAGGAACACUGACUCUAUGUCAGUCGAUGCCAAAGGGUCGGAUCCUUCGGUCCCCGACAGCUUUCUCGUCUACAGGGCGGGCCAUCAAACAUCAGCUGACGAGAAUAGUGACAGUGGAACGAGCCUGUCAACGUGUUAUUCGCAUGAAUUAUCAGAAAUCGAGACCGACGAGGAAUCCGAAACUUCUCUGAGUACUGCGGAAAUGUCAGGAAUCGAAAAUGGGGAUGGAGGGGAUAACAAGGCAGAACUGAAACCUUUACAACUCGUGUGGGCCAAAUGCAGAGGCUAUCCGUGGUAUCCAGCCCUUAUAAUUGACCCUGAGAUGCCAAAAGGCUACGUUCACUGCGGAGUACCUAUGCCAUCUCCACCCCCGGAAGUAAUGGCUUUAAAAGCCAAUCAUACUGAACAUGUCUAUUUAGUUUUAUUUUUCGAUGCAAAACGAACGUGGCAGUGGUUGCCAGCUGAAAAGUUAGAACUUUUGGGUGAGGAUGUCGAAAGAGACGAGGCAAAGUCAAACGAACCAAGAAAACCGACUGAUCGAAAAGCCGUUCGAAGAGCAUACCAAAAUGCAUUACAAUAUAUAUCUCAAGUUAACGAAAAUACAGAAGCAGAAGUUGCCAAUUAAGGUAAACUGAUAUUACGUACUUAUUCAUAAUUUAGUGUCGGAUUUUUUAUGAAAACUUUGUCUGUCACUAACCUUGUCAGUCGAACAAAACUCGAUAAAUAUAUACUUAAAAUCUAAUAAAAAGCACAAAAGACA